AUGUCCGACGCCAUAGAUGAAGACGAAGACUCGAGGACGGCCGCAGAAAUCGGCCUUCUGCUAAUGACCAGCCAGAACCCUCCAGUUCGGGCAACGGCCCCGGCUGCCGCUCCCGCCCGCGCCUCACCGCGGGGAGUCGACAGGGUUGCUGAACAGCAGACGACGCCAAAUCCACGGGGUGCAGGGCCCUCCUUGUCGUAUCACGUGACCCGCGCUCCAGCAAUUCCCCCGGCCGUCAACAACCGCCAAAACAUUGGCCGAUCCUCAGGGCGCGUUGAGAAGAAGAAGAAGAAGCCUUCUCGUCACAGCACCGGCGCAAUGAGGUCGCAUACCCCCUCGGGCGACCCUCCUGGGAGGCGCGCCUCCGUCACGAACCGUUUUCGUAACAGCACCGGCGGGAGCGCUCUUCCUAGACCUCACACUUCGUUGAGAGAAUCCAGGACUUUUCGCGCAACACAACCAACAUACAACCUCUUCACCGGCGGCGAUGCCAACAGCAGGCCAGGCUCGCGCGCAAGCCUUGCCCCCGACUCCGUCCGCGCCUCAUCGCACGAGAGCUCAAAAGAAAACAUGGCACCCCCCGAUGCCGCCGAAUAUGAGUCCCAGCGCCAGGUCAUUGAGGAGCUCAAGGCGGAGCUGGGCACCCUCCGGUAUACCAUCAGCACCUUUGAGCAGGAGAAGCAGAUGGCCGACGCUCGACACAAUGCCGAGCUCGAAGACCAACGCCGCCGCGCUCAGGCCGACUUCACGGCGAAACAGGCCGCCGAAAGCGAAAAGUCGCAAGCCGCGCGCCAGCUGGAGAACACGCAAAAGGAGUUGAGCGACCUCCGAGAGAAUGUUGCGCAAGAAAAGACGGGUCUAGAGAAGCGUGCGCGCGACGCAGAAGAAGAAGCCCGACUGCUACAGGAACAAUUGGAAGACUUGUCGAGCUCCAAAGACGAGGCCGCACGCAUCAACGAAAGGAAGACAAUCGACCUCGAAAUGCAGCUGCAGGCCGCUCAAAAGUCGACGCAGGAGCUCGAGCAGGAGGCCGAGGCCCGCGAGGCCGCCCUCCAGCAGGUUCAGUCCCAGCUCGCGGAGAAGGACAACCAGGUGGGCGACCUCGAAUCCGAGGUCCUACGCCUCAAGGCCCAUACGGGCGACGCCGACACCAUGGCCAUCAUCAAGCGCGAGCUGUCUGAGCAGGUGGCACAUAUCCGCAGCCUGGAAGCGACGAACCGGGAGCAGCUCUCGGAGCUGAAGCACCUACGCCAGAUCCACCGGGCCGUCGAGGUCGUCGAAGAGGAGAAGCGAUCCCUUCAACGCAAGCUUGAAGCCGCCCGGUCCCUCGAGACAGAGCUCGCAGAAGCAAAUAUCCAGCGCCAGCGUCUCGAAGACGAGCGUCUCGCUUGGACGGGCUACCUCGCCAGCACGGGCGGCGGCGGCGGCGGCGGCGGUGAUCUCGAAUUCGACUCCCCCGAGGCCGUCGCCCGCGCCCUCGUCGAGCAGCGCUACGAAAGCGCCUCCCAGCUCGACAAGAUCGGCUCUCUGCAAGCCGAGCUGGCGGCGCAGGAAUCUGCAGCCAAAUCCCGCCAAGAAGAAAUCGCCGCCCUCAAGUCCCAGCUCGCCGAGGCGCGGUCCGCCGCGACGACACAAAACAUCGACAAGACCCGCCUCCGCACCGAGCGCCAGCGCGUGCUCGCCGUCAAGGAGGUCGAGUACCUCCGCGCCCAGCUCAAGACGUUCGACGCCGAAGACGAGGCCUUUCAGCCCGAGGCGGUCGACGAGACCCGCGCCCGCCGCAUCCAGGAGCUCGAGGACCUCGUCGACAAGUACAGGACCGAGGUGCAAGCCCUGCACACGGACAUGUCCGCCCUCGAAGCAGGUAAACCACCCGCCGCCACCGCAGACCCAGUACCAGCAGCCGGCACGAAGCGCCCGCGCGACGAAAACGACCAAGACUCCGCCGCCCAGGAGCAGCUCGGCCUCCUCACCCGCAAGAACCGCAAACUGCAAGACCAGCUCGCCGCCGUCCAGACCCAGCACGCCCUCACCCAAAAGGAGCUCUCCGUCGUGCAAGAACAGCUCAAGGCCCUCAAGACGCAGUCCAAGACGCGCGUCCUCUCCCUCCGCUCCAACCCGACCUCGGAUUACGAAGCCAUCAAGGUCGCCAAACUCAAAGCCCUCGAGCAGGAAAACGCCGACCUCCUCGCCCAGCUCAACAGCGACCCCGGAGUGGACCUCGUCCCGCGCACCCAGCUCGACGCGGCGGACCGCCUGGUCGAGGAAGCCCGCGCCGAAACAGCAUCGGCCCAAAAGUCGGCAAAACGCCUCAAGGAAGUCUGGUCUAAGAAAUCCCUCGAGUUCAAGGAGGCCAUCUUUUCGACGCUCGGCUGGACCGUCAUGUUUAUGCCCAACGGCAAGAUGCGCGUCGAGUCGACCUUUUAUCCCUCCCAGACGGACGAGUACGAAAACUCGAUUGUGUUUGACGGCGAAAAGGGCACGAUGAAGGUCGGCGGCGGGCCGCGGAGUGCCUUUGCGCGCCGCAUUGGCGAUCAGAUUGGCUUCUGGGUCCGGGAAAAGGGGUGUAUUCCCGGCUUUUUGGCCGCGCUGACGCUCGAGUUUUAUGAGGAGCAUUCGAGGAACCAGAUGCAGACUGACUAA